UCUCGCCCCACCUAGCGGUGAGUCCAUUGCCUGUUGGCCUGCUGGUUCUGUUCUCAUAGUUGAUCUGAAAGGAGUGAGGAAAAAUUGGAGAAAUGACUGGGAUUCAGGAAAAGACAGUGAUUGACCCAAUGAUGCUUAAGAAUGAUAAUCCUGACCAUAAGCAAAAGGUGGAAGCCAUCAUUAAAAACAUUAACACAAUUUCUCUGGAGAUGAAGAAGAUGAGAGAGCUCUCAGAGUUAUUGCUCUGUGACCUCAAUCUCCAUUUUGGCCAGCCCAUGAAGACAGAGGACCCAGAAGAAACACAAACAACCAAUCUUCUGUUUCAAAAGCCUAAAAUACCAGAUGUAGCUCUGGCUUCUCUCAAUUUUUCAGACUGAUUUUUGUGUUGUUUAACUUGAAUUUCUGUUUUUGUUGAGUUAAAAAUAUGGAAGAACUGAGUUUAUUACUGUAAUUAAAAAUAAUAAGAGUUGGAUGUAAGCAUUUCACAGUCUUGAAAGCUGUUUUCAU